AUGCCCUCGAGGCGAGAUUUAACAAAACGACGGGUACGGGAAUCGGAGGUUUUCCAAGACCUUGUCCCGUCGCUACCCGCGGCCCCCCUGAUAUCCCCUCUCUUUACUGUCUGUCCCGCCGAAAUCCGCAAUCGCAUCUACACGUUUGUUCUUGAAUCCGAGGACACUUCCACAGAAGACAGCCCUUCCCUCUAUAAACGAAAUGCUUUCUACUACCGGCCCGGGUACAAGCAGCCCAAACGCAUUGAGACCGCUCUUCUCCAGACGUGCCAGCAAAUAUACGCCGAGGCAUCUCUCCUCCCACCGGCAGUCAAUGAGCAUACCUUCUGGUUCUAUCGGGCUCCACCACAUAUUAGAGAUGCCUCUUCACCCUCGGAAUAUUUUCGCAGGAUGACUCCGAAACAGCGGGCCCACGUGCAACAUCUACACCUCUUCACCCAGCAGUACUUCCUGGAGGACCGUUGUUGGUCUAAUAUAUGGGACGGCAUCAAGAUAGGUAAUGAUGGCCGCAAACUGCGAGGAGAGUGCAGGAUAGCGCCGAAAAGGAUGACCAUCACCUUCCGUCACACCGACUGGUGGCACUGGGAGGACAACGAACCCCUUGGCAUCGAUCCGUUCCGAACUGGUAGAACCCGAGCGGCCGAGAUGGGCACUGCUAGCAACCUGCACAAUGAGUCGAGGGCAUGGGGCACUCAAUUCGAUACCUUUCACUGUCUAAAUGAACUCGUGAUUGAGUUCGAGACGGUCAUGCGGAAAAGGGGCCAGUUAGAUGAUAUUAUUCAACGAGCGCUGGAAUGGAAAUUUCCCCUUCAGCCUGACAAGGAUGUUUAUUUAGUCGCCGACUCCAAGUCGAAGGGCGCAUAUACCUGGGUUGGGGCAGAAGAGACGCAAUUGAAGAGACAACGGCCUGCCGUGCCACGGCUAAUGCAUAAUGAGGUCGGAUCAGAAGUUCCACUGGCUCAGGAGCAGGAGCUGGGUCUUGCAGCCCCAGUUUUGAAGCCAUUUGAUGUCAACGAGCCAGUGAGUCAUUCUGAACUUGACCAGAACACGGAGUUGUUCUACGUUGUCUUUUUGACAUGGAGAAAGCAGCUUGUUUGA